GACAGUUAAGUAGAAAGUAUUUUCAGAGUACAGGGAAGAUCAUAUCCUAUGUGGUCAGAGGUGACUCCAUGGCAGCUUUCUCCUACUGUGUUUACUGUGUGAGAUUAUUGUAAAAUGAGCUGUAGGCUCGAGAGUCGAACCUAGUUUAGGAACCUUCCAGAUUUACUCUACUGAAAAUGGAAGGUAAGAGUUUUCUGUGAGAUUUCCUACCUGCUACAUAACAUUUAAGAAAAAUUUACUCAAUUUAAGACAAUAUCUCGAGAAACCUAAAACCAAGUGAAAAGGCUUGAAAGGGAAGACAUCUUCUGACCCUGAUGGUCAUUCGUGGUGUCUACAUGAUAGCGCAACAAGCGAAAUAGAACUCCUUGCUUUUCCUUUUCCCUGAUCUAACCUCUAUUUCUAGGAAUACAAAACAAAAGGGCAGUUUGCAGCUCAGGGAAUUCUUACUUAACUUCAGCUGGAUGGGACCCAGAACCUGGCUCUGGUGUAUAAAAUUACACUUUUAACUGUACGUGAGGAUAUUAACACUUGCCUUUGCCAGUUUCAGACAGACACAUACAUGUGGUAUACACGCAGGUAUUUAACUUUCUGAGAUAUUUACUGUUAGAAAUGCCUUUUAAACCCCUGGACUAUUAGGUGUAUUAGUGUGGAAUGCCAUGAUUCCAUACACUUGACCAUACCUCCUUACUGUAUCCCAUUUAUUUAUAAAUUUAUUCACUCAGUCACUCGUUUAUUUUAUUUUGUUUAUUUAUUUAUUUAUUUUCUAAGCACAACAGAUAUACUGAGAAGUGCGCAGAUCUUACAUGAGUAGCUCAAAAAAAUGUUUACAAAGGGAACAUAUCUGUGUAACCACCACCCAGAUCAAGAUAUCAAACACCAGCACCCCGGAAGCCACCCUUGGCCCCUCCCUGUCAUCACCCCCUCAAAGACAUGCUUUGGGAAAGAAUAUUUCUUAUUCACUGACUUCAGUGUCUCAGCUCCAAAUGACUUCUCACACUGGCUCCUGACGUCUGCUGAAGUUGCUCUUCUCAUCAAGACAAAGCCUCCUCAUUGUCAGGUUAUUCAAGCUGUCUUUUUUGGCAUCUGUGUGCUGACUGAUCUUUCCAGUCUCCUGACUAGAGGAAGUGGGAGCCAAGAACAAGAGAGGCAGCUCAAGAAGCUCAUCUCUCUCCGGGACUGGAUGCUCGCUGUAUUGGCCUUUCCUGUUGGGAUUUUCGUUGUAGCGGUGUUCUGGAUCAUUUAUGCCUAUGACAGAGAGAUGAUUUACCCGAAGUUGCUUGAUAAUUUUAUCCCAGGGUGGCUGAAUCAUGGAAUGCACACGACGGUUUUGCCCUUUAUAUUAAUUGAGAUGAGGACAUCACACCAUGCGUAUCCCAGCAGGAGCAGCGGACUGGCCGCCAUAUGUACCUUCUCUGUUGGCUAUAUAUUAUGGGUGUGUUGGGUGCAUCAUGUAACGGGGAUGUGGGUGUACCCUUUCCUGGAACACAUUGGCCCAGGAGCCAGAAUCCUCUUCUUUGGGUCUACAACCAUCUUAAUGAACUUUUUGUACCUGCUGGGAGAAGUUCUGAACAGCUAUAUCUGGGAUACACAGAGAAGUAUGGAAGAAGAGAAAGAGAAGCCUAAAUUGGAAUGAGAUCUAAGUCUAAACGGAAGAGCAGGAUGUAGCCACCAAUGAAGACUCAUUACCCCCGGGCAUUGGUAAUGCAGGAGAGGAAGCCUGAAAGAAACCAGUGGAAUCCGCCUUCACCUCCCUGCCCCAGAGAGAGGGAACACCUUUUAUGCAGAAAUAUAUAUGUAAGAAUAAAAUACAGAUAUUUCCAAAAUAACUUGCCCUAGUUGUGUUUUAAAGAAUUCUUUCCAAAUUCAUUAUUGAUAAUAACAUCUUUUUUCUUUUUUUUUUUACUUCUUCUAAUUUUUAAAACUAAAAUUGAUCAUUGGAUUUUAAUUUUUGCAAUUGUAAUUCCAUUUAAUCAAGGAAGAAUAGAAUCCUAUUGUGUUUCUUGUUGAGAAAUAUGUGAAAGUCAAAGGAGCAGAUGUGAAGCAUAGCAUUCAUGUAUUUAUUUAGUCCUUACAGGAGGCUGAAGAAUGUAAGCAUAAGCCUGGAGGAAACGAGAUGGAUGUUCCCUAUUGCGAUAAUGUCAGUUGUCUCAAACAAGGCAAUAUUAGUAAUAAUUGCAUUGAUUUAGUUAAAACCCUGAGUGUAUUUGGAUCUCAUGUUUUAAUUUUGUGAAAUAUUUCCUAGAUGCAAACUAUAACUUUAAUAAAGAGCAAGCAACCCCUAGCCUAAUGCCUGCAUGGUGCAUCUCAAAUCCCUAACAACACUGGUGUUUCUUAUUUUUUUUCUAUUACCUGUUGAAAAUGGG